UGUCUGUAAUUGUAGCACGUUGAGAAGUGCAGGCAGGAGGGAUGCUCAGUUAGCUCAGGUGUUAGUUAGAGAUCAUCCUGAGUAACAAAGCAGAACUCUGUCUCUAUAAAAACUAUAAAAAUUAGUCGAGUGUGGUGGUCCCAGUUACUGGGGAGACUCAGGUAGGAGGAUUGCUUAAGCCCAGCAGGUUAAGACUGUAUUAGGCCCAGAUCAUACCACUACACUCCAGCCUUAGCGACAGAGUGAGAUCCUGUCUCAAAAAAAUAAACAAUAAAAGCUAACUAAUUAUUUUGGCUCUCUGAGCAGCACCAUGGCGGCUGGCAAGAACAAGCGCCUUACGAAAGGCGGCAAAAAAGGAGCCAAGAAGAAAGUGGUUGAUCCAUUUUCUAAGAAAGACUGGUAUGAUGUGAAAGCACCCACUAUGUUCAAUAUAAGAAAUAUUGGAGGGGGGGAGGAUCCAAGAUGGCCGAUUAGGAGCAGCUCAGGAUUGCACCUCCCAGUGAAAGCACAGAGGGUGAGUGGACUCAGCAUUUCCAGAUGGAUUUUUAUUGCCCACAGACCAGGAGAUUCUCAAGUGGAGGAGCCCCACGGCCCCAGCGAGGCUGUCUGGCCGGCACCACUGCUUUGCUGGCGCCCUCGGGCGGCGGUUCUCCAUACAAAAUACACGGUCCGGGCACCGUUUUAGCUGGUGAUUGGAGUUCUGGGAAGGCAGAGUCGCCCAUUCAUCUGAUUAAAAAGGGGACUGAAACAGGGAGCCAGGCCAGGAGAUUCCUGGGCAAAAAAACGCCGUGAAUUUCAGCGCCGGUGUUUCACCCAGCGCAGUGGGUCGCCGCAUGGGAAAUCACACAGAUCCCAGCGACUUUUCAACCGCGACUGGAACUCCUGGGAGACAAAAAAAGAAAAGUCUCUGAGGCAAGGAGCCAGGUGAUCAGGCUCGUCCCACCCC